GCGCAACACAGAAAUCGUCAACCGCCCACCACCACCACGUUGCGUCGUUUGCUUGCUUGCUUGUUUGUUGGUCGUGAGUUGAGCUGAGCGCCCCACCCACUCCCAGCAUUGUCACGGCAGGAGGCAGCAGAGCAGCGAUUGUUUGACCCUUCUCCCUGUCCCUUUUCUCGACCACAAAGCACAAAGGCCAAGCAACCAAGCCCUCCAGAAGCACACAAACAACCCAAGUGACCCUGUUGGUGAGCAAACAAAGCAGGCAAGACAACCAAGACGGUUGUUUCUUUGUGGACCUACCCUUGAAGGAGACCUUGUCCACAACGACGACAACAGUCACCAGGAGUGUGCAUACGAUGACGUGUGCCGCCAUCGUCGCCGCGUUGGUGGUGCUGUGCUGCGCAUGCAUGCCAAGCGCUGCUCUGAAUCCUUCGCCCACCACCACAGCGGCACUCGGCAGGCCCAUCAUCAGCACCAGCACAUGUGGCUCGCCAGCAGACACUUACUGCUACUCAGAGGCUAGCCAGUGCUUCACCUGCAACGCCACCUGCCCCUUUCCAUCUGCAGAUGCACUGCAGUCGCCCAUCGAGGGCCUCCUCCCUCAGCCGGAGUGCGGGUGCCCGGCAUCGUAUCCGGUGCCUGUGGACCUGGAUUCCUGCUGCGAGACGGCAGCUGCACAGUCGUGCGUCCGCCGCAUCAAUACUGAAGCCCACCCGCCACAGUUUGCUGUCGACGCCGAUGAGGGCACAUACUUUCAGUCGGAGCAGAACGCUGCGCGCGUGAACGUCACGCUUGACUUGCUUCUUCCCUAUGAGGUCACCACCAUCACCGUCACCUUUAGCGAGCGCGUACCAUACGCCUUUGCCAUCCUCAAGUCAAACGAUGCGCAAACCUGGGAGCCUUUCCAGUUUUUCACGCGCGACUGCGAGGAGUUUUACGGCAUCGCUCCCGACCAGCAACUGACAGAGCCCGACCAAGUCAUCUGCGACACAACUAAGACGAGCGUGCGUAACGAUGAAAUCUCACUGCGCACCCUCACCGCCGCCCGCAUUCAGCUCGCCGGCGGGUCGUAUGCGGCGUCAGACGUGCUGCACGACUUUGUGCACACGCGCUUCAUCCGCGUUGCCUUUGCGCAGUACUAUGACGAGACCACCGCUGUGGACGACUUUGGUGUUCCCCUCGACCACGAGCCGUUCUACACGGUCACCAACAUCCAGGUGGAGGGCCGGUGCGGCUGCCACGGCCACGCCGCGUCCUGCUCCGUUGACGUCGACAGCGCCGCAUGUGCAUGCGAGCACAACACGGGUGGUCCUGCGUGUGGCGAGUGCUUGCCGCUCUUCAACGCUAAGCCUUUUGCCCGCGGUAUCUCCGACGAUGAGCCAAACGUUUGCGUUGCGUGCGACUGCAACGAGCACGCGCUCAGCUGCCACUAUAACGCUUCACUCGAUGCGUUCCCCAAUGACCGCACCCGCGGCGACGGUGGCGUCUGUGAUAGCUGCAUGCACAACACAGCUGGAAUCCACUGCGAGACGUGUGCACCGGGCUAUUACGAGAACCCAGCCGUACCCCGCAACCAUGUGAAUGCGUGCAUCCCGUGCGAGUGCAAUGCAGCCGGAUCAGAGAGCAGCACAUGCAAUCCCAAGACAGGCGCGUGUGAAUGCAAGGCCAACGUGAUGGGUGACCUGUGCGACAUGUGCAAGCCCUCGUUCUACGAUCUCUCCCUUGCACACGACGAGGGGUGUGAGAGCUGCGACUGCGUUGUGUUUGGCACGAUUGAGGGUAGCAGGGACUGCGACGCCACGACGGGCCAGUGCGAGUGCCUGCCCUCCAACACGGGUCAGCGAUGCAGCGAGUGCAGCGUGGGCCACUUCCACCUUGCCGGCACCGAAGACGGCGUGUGCAUCGGCUGCCAUCCGCAGUGCUCCGAUACAGCCGGCUGCAACGGGCCCGGCGCCUCGCUCGCAGCGUGCAAUGGCCAGUGCCGCAACGUCGAGGAGGAUGGUGUGUGUGUUGACGCGUGCUCAGACGGCCGCUAUGCCAACGAGCAGGGCGUGUGCCGCCUGUGCCACCCGCAGUGCCUGGACACGUGCACCGCAGGCACGGCGUCCACCGCAUCGUGCAGCCAGUGCCGCAACUUUGAAGAGAAUGGCCUCUGUGUUGCCGAGUGUUCGGCAAACACAUAUGCAGAUGACAACCUCGUCUGCCAGCAGUGCCACGACGAAUGCAUUGGCUGCACCGGCCCAACCCCAGCACAGUGCAAGCAGUGCCGCCAUGUGCGCAGCAACGGCGUGUGUGUCGCCGAGUGUCCUGAGGGCACGUAUGCCGACGGCAGCGGGGUGUGCCAGCCAUGCAGCUCUGAGUGCGUUGCUGAGUUUGGCUGCACGGGUCCGGAUGCAACGCAGUGCUUCCGCUGCGAUGGCGUGUACGACGUCAGCCGCGACGCUGUGCCGUAUGUGUGCCUUUCCACCUGCCCGCCACUGUACCAUGCAACCCGCAUGACGCUGCUGACGGAGCAGCCCAAUGCGGAGGUUGUUGUCGUCGAGGAUGCCGCUGUCUGCCAGCCAUGCAGCACCCAGUGCGAGUUUGGCUGCGACGGGCCCACGACUAGCGAUUGCGUUGGCGGCUGUGUUGCAGCCAGCUACAACGGGCGGUGCGUGCCGGCCUGCCCGACACACACGUACAGAGAUGGUGAGCUGUGCAUUGACUGCCACCCCAACUGCAACCACACCCAAGGGUGCUAUGGCCCUGGGCGCGACCAAUGCUUCGACUGCCGGCAGGAGGGUGUGUCGCUCAACGGUGACUGCCUCUCCGCGUGCCCGACGGGCUACUUUGCCGAUGAAGACCGCGUGUGUCAGCCCUGCAGCCCGUUUUGCUCCACCUGCUUUGGCUCGUCCGCUGCCGAGUGCUUCAGGUGCAAGUCGCAUCGGCUUGGCGUGAAGUGUGUGGGCGAGUGCCCGUCAGCCACCACCUACAUAACUGCCGUUCCAGGUGGCGCCCUCACCACGACUGCUUCCCCGGUGACAGACUUUGGCAGCUCCGGCGAUGCCAGCGUGGCCCCACCGCGCCCGCCACGCAACCACACCACCGCACCCAUUGCCCCUUACGAGUGCUUUGCGUGCCACCCGCAGUGCGGCCUCAACGGGUGUGCGGGCCCAACCGCCUAUGACUGCGACGAAUGUGAGAGCGUCAAGUACGAUGGCGAGUGCAUCAGCACGUGCCCGCCACUCACGUACCGCGACGGAAACGUGUGCAAGGACUGCAGCGAAGAGUGUGCGGACGGCUGCUUCUCGUCUGGUGCUGACAGCUGCUUCGCCUGCCGCGGCUUUGAGGUGGAGGGCGUGUGCGUUGGCGCGUGCCCGGAGACGUACGUGAUGAUGAACGACACGUGCCUGCCCUGCCACCGCUUCUGCUCCCUGGACGAGCCGGGCUGCUCUGGUGUUGGCCCCGACGCAUGCAACGCGUGCGCGCCCACCCGCUUCCUGCACGUCGCCACGCAAACGUGCGUUGCCGCCUGCCCAAGCAACACCUUUGCCACGCGGGACCGGGAGUGCCUGCCGUGCGAUGAAGAGUGCAGCGGCGGCUGCCUUGACGCGGGCGCCGACAACUGUCGCGAGUGCUUGAACGUGAAGCUGGCGGACACAUGCGUUGCCGAGUGCCCGGAUGGCUUCUACGCGGACGUUGACGGCGAGUGCCAGCGCUGUGACCCCAUGUGCGCAUCGCUGUGCACUGGCCCCGGCCCCUCCCGCUGUGCACGCGGCGCAAACGACACCUCUGCCUGCAAGCACUUUACCCGCGGUGCAACUUGCGUUGCUGCGUGCGACGCCCUGACCGAGUAUGCCGACGACGCCAACGUGUGCCAGAAGUGCUCGCCGCUCUGUGCGGACGGGUGCGUGGGCCCAACAGCAGCAGACUGCGGCGCCUGCGCCAGUGCCGAGCUUGACGGCACAUGUGUCGACACGUGCCCGCUCACCCACUACCGCGACGAGGCUGGCCUGUGCCGCCGCUGCAAUGCAGAGUGCGCAUCUGUCAAUGGAACGCGCGCGUGCACGGGCCCUGGCGCCGAUGCCUGCCUUGCGUGUGCGCACGUGAAGCGCGGGCGCGAGUGUGUGCGGUCAUGCCUGACGCGGGAGGUUGCCGUGGAUGGCGUGUGCCGCGGCUGCCAUGCGCAGUGCAGCAGCGAUGGUUGCUUUGGCUUGGAGGCCACGGAGUGCCUCACCUGCCGCAACUUUGAAUUUGGCGGCGAGUGCGUUGCCGCGUGCGACGCGGACACGACAUACACCUCCACAGCCACGGCCGAGUGCCUGCCGUGCCAUCGCGAGUGCAGCCUGCGCGCGGGCUCGGGCGGCUGCCCCGCGGGCACCAGCGCCGACGACUGCGUGGUGUGCGCGCACGUGCGUGACAACGGGCGGUGCGAGGCCGAGUGCUCGACCGGGACAUACGCAGACGAGGCAGACACGGAAACGGCGCUUGGUGGCGUGUGCAAGGCGUGCCAUCCAAGCUGCGAUCCCCUUCGCGGCUGCACUGGGGGCCGCGCAGACGAGUGCAACGAGUGCGCGCACGUGUCCUACCAGGGCGUUUGCCGCACGGCGUGCCCAGACCUCACUUACCUCGGCAGUGGCAGCGAGUGCCUGGACUGCGAUGCAAACUGCCUGCUUGGCUGCACGGGCCCGGGCGCGGACCAGUGCGUGCGCUCCAGCAACGUGCUUGACUCGAGCGCGGAGGCGCUUGGCUGCAGAACGUUUGUGGACAUCCUCGCCAACGGCGUCGUCAUGUGCGUGGCAGAGUGCCCCAUCACGAAGUACGCCGACAGCAACGGGGUGUGCCGGGCGUGCAGCACGCUGUGCCCGCUGGAGUAUGGCUGCACGGGGCCGACCCUCGCCGAUUGCAACAGCUGCCCCGCCACGCAGUACCUUGCUCCCGACCGCACCUGUGCUGAUUGUAGCGCGUCGUGCUCCACAGACCUCGACCUUGCUGGCUGUACCGGCCCAGAGCCGAAGCAGUGCAACGUGUGUGCGGGCGCGCGCUACAGCGGCGGGUGCGUGGACGACUGCUCUGCGCUGACAGAUGUGGAUGUGGGCCUGUACUUUGGCGUGGACGACACGUCUGUUCCCGACGAGGUGCAGUGUGUUCCCUGCCACGAGCAGUGCGUUGCUGGCGGCUGCACGGGGGCGGGCCCAGACCAGUGCCUCUUUGGCUGCAAGAACUUCGCCCAAGUGGACGGCGCCACCGGCGACGUGACCUGCGUCGAAACGUGUGGCGCAAACACGUUUGUCGCAGACACGCCCGUCCCGCGCACGUGCGUGCCCUGCCACUCGCGGUGCCGUGGCGGCUGCCGUGACGAGACGCCGUUCACCUGCGUGGAGUGCGCUCGCUUCCGCACGGAGGAGGGCGAGUGCGUGGACGUGUGCCCGCCAGGGUGGGUGCCUGGCACGGACGGCGUUUGCCGCUGCCCGACCGACCGGUCGUACACCAACACCACCAGCGGCCAGUGCCUGCCAUGCAGCGUGCUGUGCUCCGCUGGGUGCACGGGCCCUCUUCCUUCUCAGUGCAAGGGCGGCAGUGAUGGCUGCACGUUUGCCGAGCACAACGGCGUGUGCGUGGCGGAUUGCCCCACCGGGAUGGUGCGGCAGAACAGCGUGUGCGUGUGCAAGUUCAACCACAUUACCGUGACAGAUCCCGCAGACGGGUGCAUGCCGUGCGACGACCAGUGUGCGGACGGGUGCACGGGCCCCACGGCCUCCGACUGCCUGCGCUGCCGCAACUACCGCUCCGGGGAGGUCUGUGUCGAGGAGUGCGCGGCAGAUGAGCAGCCAGACGCAGACAGGUUCUGUGCCCCCUGUCAUCCGGAAUGUGCUGGUGGCUGCAUUGCCCCUGGCGAUGCCCUGCAGUGUGUGUCGUGCCGGGCGUACAAGGAUGCCGGGGAGUGCGUGAGCAACUGCCCCUCCGAGCGCUUCUUCGUGACGCAGAGCGGCGUGUGUGUUGAGGAGUGUCCAAGCGACACGCCCUUCUACAACGACACGCGCCCACUCGGCGAGGCAGACCCAGCCGCCCCGCAGCUGUGCGUGGAUGCGUGCGCUGCGCUUGGCGCGUUGCGCAACCUCGUCAACAAGGACGUGCCGCAGCGGUGCUCAACACAGGCGCAGCUGGACGUUGAUUUCGCCAGCGCCUCUGGCUCGAGCGCAACCAAACUCACGCAGACGUCACUCACGGUCAUUGUUGCAGCUGGUGUGCUGGUGCUUGUGAUUGUCGUCGCGGUCGUGCUUGUGCUGCGGCGGCGUCGGCGUGAGAGCAGUGCGGCGUUUGCCACUCCCGGUGGGAAAGUGACGGCCCUCAACCCGGGAGCGAAGGUGUCGCCCACGCGCACAAAACUCAACGCACUCUAUGAACCAUCGCCACGACGCCCCGGACACCACAGCGGCGGCGGCGGUGGUGGUGAUGUGUCGUUCGAUGGGGGCCCGAGAUAUGAUGUCGCAAACAUCUCUGGCACCGACAGCAGCAUGUACAUGGACCCCAUGUCGCUGAACGACACGGCGGAUCACAUGGACGGGUAUCUUGAGGUGCGGCCGCAGAACCCGUACUCGAUGAGCGACCAGGCGCUCUUUGAACCGCCCAUCAACUCGGCAGUGCAAAGCACGCGCAUGUGAUUGCGAGUGUGAUUGUGGAUAGAUAGGGUGGUGAUGAUGAUGAUGAUGAU